AUAGAAUUUCAAAAUAAAGAGAAAAAUAGAUUUUAAUAUUUUUAAAUCAAUUGAAUAGUAUUUUUUAUUACUCGUUUAAAUAUUCUUAGAGUAAUAGAAAUAAUAAGAAAUAAAUGUAAAAUGAUCUUAAAUUGUCUUGAACUUCAUCUCUAUUAUAUUCUCAUUCGAUUUACUUUUUAAUCAUUUAUAUUCUGUUUCUUUCAUAAAACUGUUCGUUUUAUUUCAAAACAAUAAUACAUUAAAAAAUUCAUGCAAGAGUAACGUAUCUCUUCGAUCUCUUCAUUCCAUCGAUCUUCGCAUAGUUAACAAAUUAGACAUUCAAAAAUCUUACUUCUUAAUAUCAAAAUAAUUUAAAGAAAUCUUUCCUCAAAAGAUAUUCGCACGUGAAAUAUUCUUCCCUUUUAUCAGACGGGGAGAUACUUUACGCCAAGUCGUGGUCGUUGAUCCGACACAACACGUGUCACUGUCGCUUUCCACUUUCCAAGCGUAUCGUGAUAUAUAUCACGAUUUUUCCUUUUCUCCACCAAACCGAAAAGAUCGGCGGAUUCGAUAAAAUUUACUCAACAGAAUGUGACGUUCGCCACGUGAAUUCGCAACGGCCUUCAUUUCCGGUUCUUCGUCGCACCGACGACUCACGCGUGUCUGGAAUCGAGUUGGGUUAAGAUUCUCAGGGAUUCAGACAAAGAAGAAGAGCAUCACGGGAAAAUUUUUAACAGCUCUCUCUGCUGUCUCUCCUUUAUACCGUCCCAUUGACACUCGAACAUCGAAACGUAUCAGGAUUUUGUUCCUCUGUUCGAGGAUGUAUUUAAUAGGAUCCGGAAACGAAAUUAAUUGCGGCGUAAUUGGAAUGAAAUUUUCUAUCGAAAACUUUUUCUAUCGAGGACCUCUCGAUAUUAUUUUAAAUAUUUGUCUUUUUUCCUUCUUUUUUUUAUCGGUCGAAAACGAAGAGUGACGGACGAACGAUGCAAUGUCGAGAUUUUUUAAUUAGUAAUAAUUAAUAAUUAAAUUUCUUGAUUAAAAAUUUCCAUUUAACAUUUUUUUCUUUCAUUUUUUUUUAAAGACCUCUUAAGAUAUUUGAAGUUCCACCCAAGUAAGGGACGAAACAUAAGGUUAAUAUACAAGGAUUGAUUCUUUACAAAUUCCCUUCUUCGAAAUAAUGAUUCAAACUAGAAUCUUUUUUUUUAUUUUUCAUUACAACGCGAGCAAUACAAGCGCAGAACAUUUCUACGACUGCACAACAAAAAAAAAAAAAGAAAAGAAAAAAACUUCCAACACUAUGAGUCACCGUAGAUAAACUUCACUUCCGGCAACUUUCCAUCCCUGAAUGCGCACGUCUCUUUGACGAAUCAAGGAGGAGGGAGAGGGGAUGGGGUUCGACCGUGAGUCGAUUUGAAAAAACUUUUAUCCGCCAAAAUUGUGCGACGACAUUGGGUAACGCCAUUGACUUCUUCGUUUCGCCUCGCUUUCCGCCUUUGCGAGCUGUUCUCGCGUGUUGGCGCUCGCGCGCGCGCCGAGGGGCGGCACGGAAGGAAGAUCGAAUUUGCGAAAUGGCUGUGCACGAGGGUUGAAUUUCUGACGAGGUAAUUCGCGGGGGUUGAAGCGGUCCGCCGUGCCGAAGAAGGGGAAAAAGUUGUAAGGGUGAGAAAUUCGAAGUGAAUUCCAUCGAAAUAGGUGGGUCGACGAUUUACUUCGUUACAGGGUUGACAAGUUGUCACCCCUUUCCUUUGGACAGCAUGCACGUUCGAAAUGAUUCUCCCCGUUGCGCGCGUGUUUUUCGGCGAGAAACGACAGGGUGAGUAGUUUUUACUUACGGAUAUUAUGAUGAGAAGUUUCGUACGCUUUUUUCUUUUUUUUUUUUUGGUAGAAGAUAUUAUAGUGUUACAGGAUGUAUUCGUGAUACGUGAAGAAGUGUACUAUAGUCAGUCAAGAGAGAGAGAGAGAGAGAGAGAGAGAGACUGCAUGAAUGUAGAAAAUGCUGUUACGCGUGAUCGUUGCUUCGAAUAUACAGGGUGAGUUAUUUUUAUUUACAUGUAGAUUUUUAUACAUUGUACAGGUUUCUCUAGAAGGUAUUGUGUUGAAGGGUGUUUCCCGUGAAGAAGUGUAUUACCAAGAAAAAGAAAAUCACUGCUUAAGAAAGGUACUAUUAUCGCUGUGUAUAUUACGCGUUCCUUGGUACGAGAUUGAUUCCACGCGGGGAAAAAAUUCUGCACAAGUCUCCUUAUCGAAAACGUGUAACAACGCGUUAAAUAUGUUGUCUCCAGUCGGAAUUCAGUCGAAAUCCGAGGCCAGUUGGGACGAAUGGUGGACCUACGACGGAAUUUCAGGACCUGCGUUUUGGGGACUGAUAAAUCCCCAGUGGUCUUUGUGCAGCAAAGGAAGGAGACAGAGCCCUAUCAACAUCGAGCCUGACAAGCUUCUCUUCGACCGCCACUUGAGACCCGUGUUGGUCGACAAACACAAGGUUUCCGGCCAUUUGUACAACACCGGCCAGUUCCUGGUGUUCAGAGCCGAUCGGGAGGCGAAGGUGCGGGUCAAUAUAACGGGUGGGCCGUUAGCUUAUCACUAUCAAUUCGAGGAGAUCUACAUACACUAUGGGAUGGAUAACGAUCAUGGAUCGGAGCAUCGCAUUAAUAACUACGCUUUCCCCGCCGAGAUACAAGUGUACGGGUACAACGCGGAAUUGUAUCACAAUAUGAGCGAGGCGCAGCACAAGAGUCAGGGGCUGGUGGCGAUCUCGUUGAUGGUGCAGCUUGGGGAGACGUUAAAUCCUGAACUGCAGAUCAUAACCAGCGUGUUCAACAAAGUUAUAUAUCGAGGCGAUGCUGCGCCCGUACGUCACCUGUCUUUGAAGAGCCUCCUUCCAGACACGAACGGUUACAUGACUUACGAGGGCAGCACGACUCACCCCGGUUGUUGGGAGACGGCGGUAUGGCUGAUCCUCAACAAACCUAUUUACGUAACAGCGCGAGAGAGACCAGAUGCGAAGUGUCCAUCGAUGGCCCAGGACAUGCACUAUAGAGAUGACUUUUUCUUUCCAGCGAACACGUGGCAGGACGAUGGCUCCCUCUCGCACAACGUCGUCUGAAUCGCCGCGGCCUCCAACGCGAAACCAGAGACAUUUUCGGCUUUCAACGCGACAGGUUCACGCGGAUAUUUUCCUAAAACCGUUGUGCAUAAGCUUGACAUGGUCACGACAAAACUUCAGGGGACUCGAUUCGUCCAAUCGCAGACAAUUCCAUCGAUCAUCCAAAGCGUCGUGAGAGACGAGGAAGAUCGGAGGAUAAUAGGAUUAAGAAAAUUCUAAUUAAUUAACAUUGUGUCCCGGAUUUCGAGUUCUCAAAUUCUGUUUCGUUUCGUGAUUUCGAAAGUAGGGAUAAAUCGAUAGAAAUUUUGAGACGAGUUCAUCGAUCCUCUUCGUUUCAGGGACAAAUUGGAGAAAAUUCCAAUAAAUAUUAGCGAAAGAACCCUGUCGCUGUCACGUACAACUUGUUGAAAUUAACGCAAAAUUUUCAUUUUCUCCGUCGAACAGUUACAUUUUACCAGCUUAUUUCAAUUCGCAAAAACCUUCGAUUUCGGAUACGAAUACCCCUUUUUUUCGCAACAUCCUCCAAAAAGAAUCACACAAAAAUUUCGAUUCAAUGUACGAGACACGAUGUGAUCGAUAUCAUCAAAUGACGAAAACGCGGUAAUUAAGAAACAAGGAAACGAUCGAUCGAAGGUGUAUACGUGUUUCGAGGAGGCGGCGAUUUGCCUCGUUUCCCCGGCAGCUGCAUCCCCGUUCUUUGCGAAAGGGGUGGAAGAUUCACGAGCUACCAGGGACGGGCACGGGUUCCAGAGGCGGCUCGUUUCUCGAGCUAUCGCGACCGAACCGAUUCUGACGGGGAUGAUAAGUGUGUUUGAGCGCAGCUGGAAUUUGUAUUUGUCGCCUGAACACCAUCCGGAAAUCGUUCUCGUCGUUCUUUCGAGGGAGGGAGGGGACGCCUCGAAAUCGAGGCGAGCGUGCAAUGGAAAUAUUUCCUUGGAUACUCGCCUCGACCGAUGUCCAACACUCUAAUUGAUCGUGUCUCCUCGGCGACGAUUUAAUCCGAUUUAACGUAUUUUUCUGGAACGUGUUCUUUCUAUCCGGUUGAUUUGAAAGUAAGGAGACCUCGUUUGCCGUUCGAAAUGGUGAUUCGUUCUUUCUUUUUCUUUUUUAAAUUGAUUUUUUUCGUCGAAAUAGAAUGUAACAGAUAUUUGCACGAAUCAUUUUCAGUGACUCGGCUGUGGAUUACAUUGCGAAAUCUAAAUGUAAACGAAAAUGGAUUUCAAGAACGAGGCAAGUUUCUUUUAUCUUUGUUUGUAUUUGUAAAAAUUUUUACAAAUAAUCGUUGCUUUUUUUGAUCGACGAAUGAAAUUUUCAAUAUUUCUCGUUUAAAUUCAUUGUUUAAUUAAUCUAUCGUCGUAUCUUAGGAGACUGUUGAUAACUGUUAUAUUUUUAUUACCAUUAAUUCGAUUCUUUAUCCUUUAUAUUAUAUGAAUUUCAGUUACAAAGAAAUCGGUCUCGUUACUUUUAGAUCGGACACGUCGAUUACGAUUCGAAAGGAAAACUUGAAAUUCUUCUGGAAAUUCGAGAUAUUACCAUACCAGGGGGAAAGUUUGAGAAAAGUUUCUACAAGUAGUAAAACGAUAGAAGAUUUGCCAUGAUUGUAUAUAUAACGUGAACGUGAUCGCUUUGCGAAUCUACUAAUCCGAAAUUCUAUAGUUUAACGCAGAAAUGGCAGAAUUAUUUUUUAGCGAGAUAAAUCGAAAUCUUUGAUGUGCGGUAGUUCAACUACGAAUAAUAAUAAUUAAAAGAAAAAAAAAAAAAAAAAAACACUCGCCAUAAUUCUAUAUUUAGAAAAUAAUUUGACGAAAAUUUCGACAAAAAGAAAAGAAAAAAGAAAUAAUUUUGUUCAACCGUUUACAAAGUAUGUAAAGUAAUAGUUAAAAACUUCGCCAAAGAGUGACCACGUAUAUCGUCCUUCCCGCGAUAUUUUUUUAUUUAACAAUCAAAGAACAAUCGUGUGCCUGUCGCUAUUAGCAGAGAGAGAGAGAGAGAGAGAAAGAGAGAAUCGUGCUCGUUCCGCUUCUGAAUAAAAACCACCCUUAAAAAGAAAAAAAAGAAAGAAGAAAUAAAUAAAUAAAUAAUAAUCCAUCGACUAAGGGCGAGUGGAUACGAGUGUGGUGGUUGAAAUUUUGUCAACUUACUUGACAGGUUUUUGUCAAUUAUUUUCUAGCCAAUAUACGUAAACGAGAGAGAAUGAACGAACGACGAUUAGAAAACGUGUCAAUGUAAGGAAAUUUUUGAGAAACGUAAAAAAAGAAGAGAAAAGAAGAAGAUUCCUCGAGCGGAACGAGCGAUUCAAAGAAGAAUAAUUGGAUGUUUUAGGGGAUGAGAGUGAGAAAGGGUGAGAAAUUAGAGUGAAAAGGAAAAAAAAAAGAAAAGUGAGAGGAAUGAGAAAUAGAGUCGCGUGCUAGACCAACCGCAAUCGCGAGAAAAUAAAUAAAUAAAUAAAUAAAUUGGAUUGUUCGUAGCUUUAGCCGAAUGGACGAAUGAUCCAUCGCUUUUGUAUAUAAAAAAUACAGGAUACUAAGAGGAAACGUAAGAAAAGGAACUAACUAUUAAAUAGGCGUAAGCAGAUUAAGAGGAUACUUUAGAGGGAAAAUGGAGGAGGAGGAGGAGAAAUGUGUAUAGAAACUAACAUUGUAUCAUACGAAAGUGAACGUUUAACGAUUGUGGUUAAUGACUAAUGAUAAUAAUAAACGCAACGUUAUAUUGUA